AUGUGGCAUUUGGCCUUCCGCUUCCUGGCACUUUUAAGCAUCUCAGGCCAUGCUCUGGCAAAGGAGGAUGCAGUGCAUAAUGUAGGGGCAUCACAAUCUCCACCAGAUGCUCAACAACUCAAACUCUGGCUCACAAUUAGCGCACGCAAACGUUUACUGGAAGUCUCAUGGAAAAAUGCGCCAUUACGCGAAGGCGACAUUGUCAUCUUGACUGAAGAAGAUCCACUUAGCUUUCAACAGCGUGCCAAUCAUAGUAGUUCUGACGAUGGUUAUACAACCUCUCCAAGCACUGUUUCUAGCUCAGAGUCUACUCUAUUAUGGGUAGCAAAUGGCGGUGCCACGGGUAUUAAGGGUCACAUCAAGCCUAGAAAGAAGGCACAAUGGUUUACCACAGGAGUGACCUUCAAUUACACGCUCUACCGCAAUGUGACGACACAGAGUUCUUGUUAUGGCUACUGGGCUAGUUAUAUCGAUGCCACGGGAAGUAUUCUCGCCAAGACAUGUGUGCGUGCCUAUCCACGCUGGAUGACCGAGAUGCGCGACAAGCUGGGUGAGCUGCGUCUGCGAGAUCUAUUCAUACCUGGCACACAUGACUCUGGCUCUUAUCGUCCCAAUUUUGAUCCGUUAAAGAAUGAAAGUAUCGUUACAAAAUACACGCUCACCCAAGACGACGACAUACAUGGCCAGUUAGUGCGUUAUCUGGACAUUCGCGUGGGCUAUUUUCGUUCGUUGGAGAAAAAGUUUUUCAUCUACCAUGGAACAAAAGGACAACCUUUGCAAGAGGUCAUUCAAAUGGUCAAGGAAUUUGUUCUGAAAACCAAUGAGAUUGUGAUCUUUGGUCUCAAAGAGUUUCCAGUGGACUUUGGCGAGAAUCUGGAUGACCAUAAGCUGUUGGUCGAGUAUUUAAAGGAACACUUCGGUGAUGUCAUUGUGAAACAUCCUCUCACCUGGAAUUCUACGUUGAACGACAUCUGGAAGCAGCACCAGAAUGUUAUACUCGCCUACGAUAAGGACGAAAUAGUGAAGAAUUAUUCACAGUUCGUCUUCCAAGCCGUUGAGCAGAAUUGGGGCAAUGCACAGACCUGGGAAAAGUUGGAAGACUAUUUGAAUACCACUUAUCGCAUUUUAGAAGUUCCAGUGGCUGAUAUGGCCGAACUUACGCCUCGCGAUCGCUCAACAAUGUUGUUUGACACACUUGGAGGACUUCGUCAGAUGGCCGACAAUGUUAAUUGCCGCAUCUCGCAACUCUAUGGAGGUGAAUUGGGUGAAAUUGCCAAUAUUGUGGCUGCGGAUUUUAUACGCGGCACAACUCUAAUGGACACAGCCAUCGAUAUUAAUCUACGAAGUAGAAACAAGUAA